CACAGACAGCUGUUUAUCAUGAGCUAGUGAACUGUCGGUAAACUUUAUUUCAGGAUUUCUCAUGAUCACCAAUUUAUGUCAAAUUAGAAUAUGUUCAGUGGGGAAUCAAAAACACAAUCAGCAGAUACUCUACUUUAGAAAAAUGUGUGAUAACACAUUGUAAAGUAUUCUACAGAAUCAAAAGAAGAUAGGCUUAUUAGGCAUUAAAAUGUUGUGAGGUUUAUAAUAUUAGCCUAUGUAUUAUAUUAUCGGACUAUUAUUGAUGCAGUAAUGUGAAAACAGCAUUUUAAUGCGAUGUUGGUUGAGGAGAGUUAAUAAUUGAACAGAUGUAUAUUGUUUUAGGUCGUUUGCUAAGUAACAAGAAACUGAAGAUAAAUGUAUUUAACUAAAAAAGUAUCACAUUUCCUUCUGAAAUGUGGUGAAUUAUAAGUAUAAAGAGGCAUAAAGUGGGAAAUACGGUAGUUAUGUAAAGCAUGUGCAUCAAAAUUGACCUUAAGCACAGUGACUGAGUUAAUAUUUUUUGCCUCCAACCACUUACAAUUAACAUGUACAUCUUUCUGCCAAACUAAUCAGGAUUAAGUCUAAUGUGCACAUCAUCGUGAAAAUUAUUAUAAAAUUUGAGGAAGCAUGUCUUCACAAUGUGACUUUCAAUCCAAAUCCAAAUCAACAUCUGGGAGUUAGCUCAGUUCACUUACAGUUGUUGUCUUGCAAAAGGAACCAGUGGACUAAAAUUUUUGUAAAUUAGCAGCUUGAACUGGUUGAGACUCCAAUUCAAGUUUUAGGAGUAAUUUAUAAUUGUCUGAUAGUUACUUAGUGGUGACAGAUAUAGAUCAGCUCUAUGUGUGGUGACAUACAGUGAUUUAGUGAAAUUGGAAUGGGAACAGAUAUAACUUGGUGUCAUACAUAUUGGGCGCCUGUCCAUUUUAACAGAGGCGGAUGUUUGGGAUGAUAGAUUAUUAUUUAAUCCCUGCCAAGAAACAAAGAUGUAAUAUAUUUCUUUUAACUAUUGCAUAAUGUAUAAUUUGUGUUGUGAAAUAGAUAUUCAUGAUCUACCAUCUCUUUCCAGCCAUUUUCCAAAUUGCAAUUUGCUAAUAUUUGCCUGUAUUCCUUGAAAUUGCAUAUUCCAAAUUGCAAACCAAGAAAUAACCAUGGGCAUAUGUUGCUUAACACAUUGGGUUUAAGUCUCCAAAAGCCAAGUAAACUGAUAAUGUUACACUUCUUCUGUCACUACUUAUGGAGAUUUUGUUUUUUUCUUCUGUCAAGUUAGUUUGGUGUCAAACUGAUGUGUGUCCGUCUGCACACACAGACAGACGCACAUCAUCGCAGUAACACAUAUGUCUUAUUUGGCCCAGCCUCUGCACUCAUAAUCCACUCAGUAUAAUCUCUGUAUUGUGUAUUUUUUAGCUGACACACCACAUGCACAAAAAGCACAAUAAAACCCAAACAUUUUCCCUCUGUACCUUUUCCCCUGUGCCUCAAGUCAAACUGUCUCCAGUCAUCAGGCUGUGAUAUGUCAGAAAUAACAAGCUGAUAUAUGCCACAGUGACUCUUUAAAGUUAUUCACUGAGGCUGACUAGACAGGACAGGUUUUCUGACUUCUACAUCUGUGCUUUUGUGUUGUAAUAACAUCUUAAUUUUUUUAGUAAUCCAAAAGUUUAACCUGUUUUUCCCUCAUCUUUUAAAUCCUAACCCUUUCUUAAUUCCCCCCAUUCCCAUAAGGAAACCCCAGCAUCCUCAAACCUUUUACCACCCAGUCACCCUCCUCUGUCUCUUCUCAGGUUUCCUCACCCAUAUUCCUCUUGCCCUCCUCUCCACAGGCAUCUUUUCACAGCCGUGGGUGUGGCCUUGCAUAACCUCUUAGCAGGAAAAAAAGAUAAUAAAAUCAUUACUAGCUCCUGCAGCAUAGCCCAGCGGAUUAUGCUUCUUAUGCAAACAGAUUUUUGAUGAAUUUACAUAACAGGGAAGCAAACAGAGGGGAAAAGGUCAGAGCAGAGGACACAGACACACACACACACACACACACACACACACACACACACACACACACACACACACACACACACACUAUCAAGACCUGGUGGUUCAGCUCAGUCAGACAGUUCAGACUGGGCAUUAACAUGCUUGCUGUAGGAAGUGAAGAUUGACCCUGAGGCAUUAAUUCUGAAUAUUGUCAUCACAGUAUUUCAUGGAAGAAAUAAUCCUUAUUUUCACGCAAAUGUAACCAAUACUCUACAGAUUAUCACACAGUGGGAUAUUAGCUGUAAUCGGCCUGUGGCUCUUUAAUACAACCAAAAUCUGUUUUACACAACAAGGCACAAAGGAUUUAAACAAGCCUUUAUUUUUUUAAUUAUUUCCACAAUAUGUUAACAAUCUUACUUAAUUUGUUGAAGCACUCAUAGAGAAAUAAAGCUUUUCCCCGGAGAGAUAAUUCAGCUGACCCAAUAAGAACUGUUAUGAGUGUCCUGAUCUAGAAAAAACUGUGCUGCUGCAGAAAACUCACCUGUGAUAUUCAGCGUUUGGUUGGCUAUUUGUCCAAAAACAUGUUUGCGCCUUUACAAUUAAGCAAAAGGUUUGUUAUUAGAAUUAACACUGUGAUAAUAAGUAUACGACCUGUGCUGUGAACUUUAAUCUUUACCAGGAAAUAUUAAGUGGACAUAAAGGUAAAACAUAUUAUAAGAUUAUGGUUGAUCAUUUUAUUUAAUUAUUCUGGGGCAUUUUUGCCUCCUCUUAGAAUUUUAAAAAGUUCAGAUUGUGUAGGUGAGCAUGACCACAUAUCACUUUGGCAAAAUCAAACAAAAAAUAACCAGAUGACAAGACAAAAUGCAAUGGAGAAACAAUAAAUUAGCUUUUUCCAUGACAUAAAAACCUGGACAACAUCGAAUUUCUUUAAAUUUUAAUGAAUUACAUGUCGUGACAGAAUGUUUUGCUGCUUUUUACUGCUGAAAUAAUCAAGCAAUGAUAAAAAUCAAUGAGCUUUGUGCUGUCAUUCAAAAUAAACAAGAAUUUAAAGAUGUCACUCUGGGCUCUGAUACCUUAUGAUAGGCAUUGUUCACUGCUUUAUAUUGUGUUAAAACACUCAGUGAUUUGUUGCAAAAAAUAGCUGAGAGAUUAAUCAAUAAUGAAAAUAAGGCAGUUGUAGCCGUACUGUUUUUAUACUGUCAUUACAAAGUGCUGAAUCUGCUGAGUAAAACUCAGUGUGCUGUAAUUAAUUCACAGUAAACAAUAGGGCAAAAACUCUAAACAAGCAACUGUAUCCCCUAACCUGUAAACGGAUAGUAUCCUAUUUCCUCUGCCAGCCGUGGGUUCAGAUGUCAGUAUAUUAUUCAGUAUGAUGUCAGCCCUCAGCUGGAAACAGGGCUGCAUCUCUUUGGCUUUCAUAUGAACCUGCUGUCCUCCCAUCACACCGCUGACUCCACCCCACCCCCCCACACCCUUUGCGAGCAUACAAGCCUGAAUGCAGCCACACCUCCCCUCAUACAACCUCCCAGCAUCCCAGGCAGGCUGGGCAGACAGGGUCGCUGCGCGCUGAGAGGCAGGACUGUCCUGGGCUGAAGAGGGACGGGACUGAUACUGAGAGGGAGAUUAAGAAACAGACGGAGCAUAGAGGGCUCUUUGUACUGCACGGGUCAGCUGCUGAGUCUUGACUUCAGGGGUCGUGUAUGAUGCGCUUGGCUGAUGAACAGAAAUCACCAGAGGAAGAAAUGAGUUUUGGGGCAGCGUGCAUUUUCUUGCGAGGCGGGAAAAACAUUUCAAGAGACCUGGCUGAUGAUGAGAUUGAUGAGCUUCGUGAUGCGUUCAAUGAGUUUGACAAAGACAAGGACGGGCUGAUCAGUUGUAAGGACCUGGGCAACCUGAUGAGGACAAUGGGUUACAUGCCCACUGAGAUGGAGCUGAUUGAAUUGAGCCAAAACAUCAACAUGAACCUUGGGGGCAGAGUCGACUUUGAGGACUUCGUAGAACUGAUGGCGCCGAAGCUUCUGGCAGAAACAGCUGGGAUGAUUGGCAUGAAGGAGCUCAAAGACGCUUUUAAAGAGUUUGACAUGGAUGGAGAUGGAGAGAUCACAACACAGGAGUUGCGGUCAGCCAUGACUAAGCUGAUGGGAGAGCACAUGAGUCAAAGAGAGAUAGAUGCCAUCGUGAAAGAAGCAGAUGACAAUGGAGAUGGCACAGUAGACUUUGAAGAGUUCGUCAGAAUGAUGUCCCAUCAAUGACAGUCAAGGAGAAUGACAAUCAAGGAAGUACCUCUGCUCAUCCGCAGAUAUGCAUGAAUAAUGAUGCUGUCUUUAUCUAAAGCUCUUUCACAGAUUAACUUGUACAUAUUCAAUGCAAAUGUAAUAAUGUUAAAAUUCCAAGAAAAAUCAAGCAAUAUCAAGUCGUUCUCAGAGAGAAUAUGCAGCUAUGCAAAUAUUGACAAUUAUGUACUGAGACAUUUUUAAAUACAUGUAAGAGUAUUGAAAAGAGAAAUAUUGUUUUGUUUGAUGAUAUAUAUUGUUAAUACACAGAGUCAUUAUGGAUUGCUUUGUUGAACUAGUUGAUUUUUUGAAAUGUAUAAAUUAGAAUACAUUUAUUCUUAUUGAAUUACUCAGAUACCUAUGCAUUAUUCUUAUCACUGAAACAAUGUAAAACUAAAUAUUAAGUUAGCAAAUAAUAACAGUUAACAUCAUUACAGUGUAUAUGUACAUAUGCAAUAUUUAGCCUGGACUUGUUGUAACAUGUAACUGCUUACAUGCUUCAUUUAUGAAUGGAAUCAUUCAAGUUAAAUCCUGGUAACAGGUAUUUGCAGAUAUCUGCCUUUGGCAAAGAACAAAAUAAAACAUCUAAAUAUAUUUAAACCUUGCACAUGAGUUUUGUGUGCCACCUGAAAGGACGCCAACGACACUGGGUGUACAUCAUUCAGCAGUUCUGACUUUGCCACAUACAUGACAAAAGAUUAAAAGGCCACCUUAUAAUUUGGUUAAAUAAUCAGAAAAUAAAGAGACUUAACAUUUUACUUGUGAGUCAAACUCUGUCAUGGCACACUGAAUUUUCAGAAAACUUUUUGACCUGGCACAGGAGGUAAAGCACAAGUGUAAAUAAUAAAAUUCAUAAUAGCUGAAUUCCAAUUAGCUGCAUCAGUUUUUGGUCCUGGUAUUGUGCAUGCUGGCUCUGCUUUAUUGCUAACACCUGUGCCUUUCCAACUAUGUCAAGUAAAAAGUAUUGCUUCUGUGCUAACAAGCAAGGCAAAUGUGGAAUGUAUUCUCAGUAUGACUUCCAUGAUAAAUUAACUUGCUUAAUGACAGGCAACUUGCUGGUUGUAUAAUAAAUUGACGCAAUAAUCUAUGGAUUUCAUGUAGCAAAGAGGGGAUUUGGAAAGCAAAAUCAUCAGUGAUGCUGCGCUGUGCCGUGAGUAGAAAUGUUGAGGAUUGAAUAAUUUCUCUGCCUGGCUUUGGAAGAACAUCGGGAUAAAGAGAUUGUGUGACCAAAA